CUGACCGGCGCCGGCUGCUGCAGGCGGACACACUGAACCGGCUCUUUUCCUCCCAGACUCUGUCAUGUAACGUUACCGGAGGAUUUUUCACGCUGCUCGGAUCCGUUUAGACACGAAAGAUGCUGACAGACACGAUCGUGGAGGAAGAAUUUGAGAUCAAGGAGGAAGAGCCGUGGUACGACAAGCAAGACCUUGAACAUGACCUGCAGCUGGCGGCCGAGCUCGGGAAGACUCUCCUGGAGAGGAACCGGGAGCUGGAGCAGGGCCUGCAGCAGAUGUACUCCAACAACCAGGAACAGCUGCAGGAGAUCGAGUACCUGACGAAGCAGGUGGACCUCCUCAGGCAGGUCAAUGACCAGCACGCUAAGGUGUACGAGCAGCUGGACGUGUCGGCCAGAGAGCUGGAACUGAACAACCGCAAACUGUCUCUGGACAACAGGACGGCCCAGCAGAAGAUCCAGGGGCUGACGGAAACCGUGGAGCUGCUGCAGACGCAGGUAGAGGAGCUGCAGCAUCAAGUUGAAGAGCUGAAGCUGAGUCCUCCGAAGCCUCCGCACAGAGAUAGUUCGUCACCUCGCGGCACUCAGAGUGUGUCUUGCCUGAAAGAGCUGCAAAGAAGGUAUUCUGACUACGACCCAGAUGAACCCUCAGACGACCUGGAGUCCUCCACCGUGUCGUGGCGUGAAGAGGAGCAGGCGUCACUGCGACAGUCCCUCAGGACCCUCCAGACCCAGUUUGCCUGCGAGCGCGCUCGGAGGGAGGAGGUGGAACGAGAGGCGGAGCUGCUCGUCGGUGAGAACGCGGCGCUGGAGCAGCAGCUGGGGGGGAUGAAGGUGUGCCAGGCCCGGAUGUCUGAGCUGGAGCGUGAGGCCGAGGAGCUGCGUCAGCUCUGGAAAUCGGAAUCCUCUGCAAGAUCCUCCAGGCCCAACAUCAUGCACGGGUUGCUGUCCGACGUGAUGUUCCUCAACCAAGAGGAGGAAAACGAAGGGGAGGUGGCGCCUAAAAGCCCACGGCUCCUGAAGCGAUGGGACAGCGAGCGUCUGAUGAAGGCGACGCAGAUCCCCGACUCUCCCGACAGGAUUUACGACCACGAGUGCUCCUGCGUGCGCCGAGCCGAGGUGGUGAAGUACCGUGGGAUCUCCCUGCUCAACGAGGUGGACGCCCAGUACAGUGCCUUGCAGGUGAAGUACGACGAGCUGCUGCGCCGCUCCCACCUGGGGCAGCAGGAGGAAGAGCAGGACGGGCAGAGCCACAAGUCCGUCCAGACCGCAUCCCUCGCCACCUCCUGUCCUGCGCUGGCAGGCGUGGAGGACUUUGAGGAUGACUUUCACCAGCCGGAGUACAAGGAACUUUUUAGGGAAAUUUUCUCCCGCAUUCAGAAAACCAAAGAGGACCUCAUUGAAAACAGAGGGAGACUCUCAGCUGGUGCAGUGUUGCCUAUUUUGCAAUAA